AUGGAAGAUUCAUUUAUUCAAUUGAAUUAUUUACCUGAUGAAAUUCUUAUUUAUAUUUUUAAAAAACUGAAUAAUUUUGAUGUACUCUAUUCUUUAAUGGGUAUUAAUAAACGACUUGAUAGUAUUUUACAAGAUUCAAUUUUUACAAGAUAUUUAACAUUGACAAAACCACCUAUUGCUUCAAAACAAUUUACUGAUGCAAUAAUUGAUCGAAUUUGUGUUGAAAUUUUACCUAAAAUUCAUGAUAAAAUUGAAUGGCUCAAUAUUGAAUCAUCAUUUAUUAAUCGUAUUCUUCUUUCAACAAAUUAUCCUAAUUUACAUACACUGGUUUUACACGAUCUUUCAUUAGAAAGAGCGAGAGAUCUCUUUACUGAUGGAAGUUAUUUUAUUUGUGUUUUCGAAUAUCAAUUAUCAUCACUUGUUAUUCAUACUGAUGAAGGUCAACGAACAACAAGUUUAUUUGAAGAUAUCAAUAUAUUUCUAUAUACACAAAUCUUGACUAUGUUCAAGAAUUUACAAUAUUUAAAUUUCAGUCCAUUUGCUAAUCCUAAUAAUCAUCAAUUAACAUUUAAUUUAUCAUCUCCAAAUAUUUUCUCAUCAACUCUAUUACAUCUACAUAUCAUCGUAGAUACUUUCGGAGAUUGUCUCUAUUUACUUGAUGGUCGUUUCAAUCAACUUAAUACAUUCGAUGUUACCAUAUAUUUUGGAAAUGUUUCUGUAUCACCAUUGAUUAAUAAUAAAAAUAAUCUUUCCAAUUUAAAAUGCUUUCGGUUAACUCAUAAAUCGAUAUUAUUGGCCUACAAAACUGUUCUUAUUCCACUUGUACGUCGAAUGUCAAAUUUAGAAGAACUCGGUUUGUAUUUUGUCAAUGGGAUUGCACCAAUUAUUGAUGGUAUUAAUUUGAAAGAAAAUAUUUUCAAUUAUAUGCCAAAAUUAAAGAAAUUUGAAUUUGAUAUUCUUUCAUAUAUUGGUUUUAAUAAUCAAUUUAAUUUACCAUCAAAUGAAGAUAUUCAAAAUACAUUUAAAAAUGUAACAAGCAAUCAAAUAAUUUCAUGUAUUGAUUAUUUUCCAAAAAUACAUCGAUUUCUUUGUCAUAUUUAUUCAUAUCCAUAUACAUUGAUGUAUUAUCAAAAAAUAACGAACAAUUUUCCUGGUGGAUUAUUUACAUAUGUUCAUCACAUAUCAUUAUAUGAUGAACGUCCUUUCGAACAUGAAUUUUUUCUUCAAAUUGCUAAAUCAUUUCCAUUUAUCAAAGACCUACGUUUAUAUAAUUUGGAACCACAAAAGAAUAAUAAACAACAACAGUCAAUUGUUGAAUAUCCUCAUCUUAUUGUACUUGAUCUUCGUAGAAUUCAUGCAAAUUAUCUGGAACAAUUUUUGAAUGAUACUAAAAUGUCUUUAUUAAAUGAUAUUGUUCUUCAUGUGAAUUAUGAUUUAUUACAAAGAGUAACAGACAAUUUCACAAGAGAUGCCAUACGAAUCAAUUGUUCCAAAGUUCAACGUUUAUUUUUAUACAAUAAAGGAGAAUUAUCUCCAGGUCUAAAAGACUAUUUUCCUCGUGCAGCAAUAAAGUGA